CAAACCGAGGAAACGUGUGAAUGAUUAAACUGAUCACCGUGACACGACUGACAUACGUUUGAAACCAAUUUAAAAUCCAACCGAACCAUCAAACAAUAAGAACAAAACGAUAUGGGCCUGAUAGGCCUUCUGUAUGGAAAUAAAAGUGUAUGUUCAAAGAAACAUAUAAAUCAUUCAAGUACCUGUGCACUUUGUUUUGUGAAUAUGUUCAUUGAAGUUUACCACUAACAUAAAUCAAUCUGGUCAGUACAGUUGGCAUAUGCUAAUGCCCAAUAAUUGAUGGGGUGAUAAGAAAAUUUAAUUUGAGAUUGAGUGAUAUUUUUAUUUCCUUAUCAUAACGCAAAGGUGUUCAUGAAUGAUUACAUUUUGCAACGUCACUCUUUAGUCCACACUAUAUAAGGGUUAAGGUGUUAAGGCAUUAUGAGAGAGCUUAAGCUACACACCACCAUGAGAACUUCAAUUGCUGUACUUGUGACAGUGCUGGUCGUAAGCGCAGUUUCCGGCUUUCGAAUGAAAAGUGGAUACGGAUACGGGGGCGGAAACGGUGGAGGCUAUGGUGGAGGAUCCGGCGGAGGCUACGGUGGAGGAUACGGCGGAGGCUCCGGUGGAGGAUCCAGCGGAGGCUACGGUGGAGGCUACGAAGAUGGAUACGGAGGAGGUUAUGAUGGUGGAUACGGGGGAGGCAACAGUGGGAGCUACGGUGGUGGAAACGGUGGCUUCGGCGGAGUGCAAAGCUUUGGAGGUUUCGGUGGCGGAGGACUAAGCUUUGGAGGUUUCGGUGGCAGUGGGUUUAGAGGCUCCACCGGUAAGAAGGGGUGCUAUGGUAAACACUGCGCCCUUGGUGGGGGCAGUGGUGGUUUCCUAGGCGGCUACGGUGCUAGAGUUGGCGGUGGAUACGGAGGUAGCUAUGAUGGUGGUUACGGAGGUGAUUACGGUGGCGGAUUCGGAGGUGGCAAGGGAGGUGGUUACGGCUUAGGAGGCGAUUACGGUAGUGGUUAUGGCGGUGGAAACGCAGGUUUGGGAAAUGGUUUUGAUGGUGAUUCUGUUGGUGGAUACGGAGGCUUUGGAGGUUUGGGUGGUGCUGGGUUUGGAGGUUUCACCGGAAAGAAGGGCGGAGGCAGUGGUGGUUUCCUAGGAGGCUACGGUGGUGGAUACGGGAACGGAGGUGGUUUUGGUGGUGGAAACGCGGGCGCUUUCGGUUCGGGAGGUGGU